AAGUGUGUCAUAACGAACAAUUCUGCUCUUUUUCUUUAUGUUAUUAGUUUUCUUAUAGCAUCAAAUAUAAAAUGGCUGAAGACUCUUUGCAGGAAGCUUUUGAAAAAUUCAGAUUAAAAAAGAAGAAAGUUCUAAAACAAAUCAGGAAAUACAAAGAAGUGAACAUUAAUCGAACUCUGGAAGAAAAAGCUUUGCUGCGUCAAAAGUUUAUCAAUCAAGCCAAAAAAUACAUUGGAGUGCCAUAUAGUCAAAAACCUCAUAGUCCAGAAAGUGAAGAAUACAACUCACCAUUAUUUCUUGACUGCUGUGCAUUGGUACGCCAAGUUCUUCUAGAUUUGCGAGAUGAAUUUGGAUUUUGCAUUGGUCCUUGGAACCAAGCCUACCAGUAUGAUACCCUACCAAAUUUAAUUAAGAAAGAAGAUUUAAAACCUGGUGAUUUGGUUUUUAUAUCAGGAAUUUAUGUCAACAAGAAAUCAAAGGUUCAUUCACACAAUAUGGUUCAUGUUGAAAUAUGGGUUGGUGAAGGCGAGAAGACAAUUGGUUCUAGAUGGAAAGAUGGAAAAGUUGAAAUACACGACUCCUUUCAAUUUACCGCCAAAAGUUACCACUCCAUGACAUACCAUUUUAAAUCUAUUGACACAUGGUUAAAUGGGAUUUGUAGAAGCCAUUGUGUUGAACAUCCAUGGACGAUUACAAAAUACGCUGAUCACAACAAACAUUCAAUAUUUGCACAAAGUCAGGAUGAGUGUGAUGGAGAGGAUUCCAAGCAAAUAUAUACCAGUGUCCAAUCUCCUUCAAAUCAAAAUAAUUUUAACGAUGAGCCGCCUGUCGUGAAAGAAAAAGCAAAGAAGCUUUCCAUUUUCGCUUAUGGAGGAAAGUUUUUUAUUGGUGGAAAUAAUGGUGUUGCUAUAAUUGAGAAUCAUCUACUUUCAUUUGGGCUAACGAGAUCAAAAAAUCAUAGAGAUUUCUUCUUGAAAUGGGUGGAGAUCAAAAACCAGAUAAAUUAUGCAACAUUUUUACCGGGUCAGCAGAUUGUGAAUCACAUACCAGGAAUAGGUUGUUUGACGACAAAAACUGGACUGCUAGAAACACUGAGAGACUACGACAAGUUUAUGAAAGGAAAAGUAACGAAAUCAAGCCAUUGUGUUGAACAUCCAUGGACGAUUACAAAAUACGCUGAUCACAACAAACAUUCAAUAUUUGCACAAAGUCAGGAUGAGUGUGAUGGAGAGGAUUCCAAGCAAAUAUAUACCAGUGUCCAAUCUCCUUCAAAUCAAAAUAAUUUUAACGAUGAGCCGCCUGUCGUGAAAGAAAAAGCAAAGAAGCUUUCCAUUUUCGCUUAUGGAGGAAAGUUUUUUAUUGGUGGAAAUAAUGGUGUUGCUAUAAUUGAGAAUCAUCUACUUUCAUUUGGGCUAACGAGAUCAAAAAAUCAUAGAGAUUUCUUCUUGAAAUGGGUGGAGAUCAAAAACCAGAUAAAUUAUGCAACAUUUUUACCGGGUCAGCAGAUUGUGAAUCACAUACCAGGAAUAGGUUGUUUGACGACAAAAACUGGACUGCUAGAAACACUGAGAGACUACGACAAGUUUAUGAAAGGAAAAGUAACGAAAUCAAGGGAGAAAGCGUUGAAGGUUGGCGACUUUUUCAGUGAGACAUACUUCUUGAAUGAAGAAAAGUCAAAGUUUGUAAAAGCUUUCAGAUCCGGUGAUAUAUGGAUAUAUAAGCCAUCAGGAAGAAAUCAAGGGAAAGGAAUCUUUCUUGUGGAUCAAACAAAUGGAUUGCUGAAAGACAAUACUAAACAGAAAGACUUUAAAAAGCAGAGAGAAGGCAUCAUACAAAGGUACAUCAUGAAUCCGCUAUUAAUAAACGGAUACAAAUUUGAUGUCCGUGUUUAUAUGCUGAUCGCUUGUUCGCAACCAUAUCUUGUUUACUAUCACCAUGGUUACGUUCGUUUGUCUUGUGUACCGUAUUCAAACGACACGUUAGAUAUUCAUGCACACCUCACAAAUCAGUACGUGCAAAAGAAACAUCCGUCAUAUUCAGAAAAGAAGGAAGAUACUGUGUUGAGUUUCGACCAGUUAAAUGACUACAUCAACACACACGUUCAAAAAGAAAAGAAGCUACAGACGGACUGGGUUUACAAUGUUUUUACUCCAACUAUGAAAGAAAUUAUGCUGCUUUGUUUUCACGCUUCGAAAAAUAAAAUUCAACAAACCCAGGGCAUGUUUGAACUUUUGGGGUUCGAUUUCAUGGUGGACGAGAACAUGAAGGUUUGGUUGAUCGAGGUAAAUAUCAAUCCGGCGCUUCAUACAAAUUGUAAAGUACUAAAGGAAGUUAUACCAGGCGUGGUGAACGAGACGCUAGAUAUUGUUUUGGAGGUGUUCCAAAAGAAGAAGUCAAGGGGAAAACUUGAUGUAUUGCAAAGUGUUAAAAAUUUCGAAUCCAUUUAUAACGGUCUUACUGGGUUUCAAUUUAAAAAGGAAGACAGUGUCAGUUGAGACCUGGGUAUGUACGAGUAGAUGUAUGGUUGUUAUCACACAACAAAUAAUGCAAUUUAAAUGAAAACAUUACUUCUAAAGAACGGAUGUGGUCCACUUCUCUAAGAAUGUCUGAAAAUUUAAUAAUACGUUUAUGUUAAAAUAUACACUUUUUUGUGAGAAUUCUUUUAUAAGAAUCAUCAAAGCUGAAUUUUCAAAAUUUUAGGAAUAUUCUAGGAAUAAUACUGAGGCUCGAUUAUCAGCCCCCUUUUCUGUAAAAUUUAAAUUUUCGAUUUCAUAUUUAUUUUUACAAUUUAUAGACACAACAAUUCGAUAAUGUUGAAUCUUAAAUAACAUCAAAAAACAUCAAAAAUUUAUAACUACAAAAAACAUGCAAUUUCGGAAACGUGUAUUUUGUUAAACUCUCUAGCAUCUUGUUUUUUUUAACCUGGACACGGAUUCCGGCUUCAAAGUUAAAGUGGUUUUGAUAUUUAUUCUGUUAGGUUUACUUACUUAAAAAUACGUCAUACGACGACCAUAUUUUUAGUUAAAAAUUAACCUAAAAGUCAGUGCACAAAAAUUGUCUCAACUCGCGAAGUUUUCUUUGGAGGUCUGCUUAUGAAGCAUUUUAGAUUCGAGAGAUGAAGUAAAUUGUCCUUUUUUGACCGGUAACCAUUUAAUUAUUUAUUGACGCUUGCGCGAAACCUACAAAAUAAUCCUGGCGAUAAGAAAUAAGUGUGGCUUCGCAUGUACUGUGUUAUUGAGAUCCAAAGGGAGCAAAGUGCUUUGUUUGUAGGAAAACUGAACUCCACAUAAACAGCUCAUUUUCAUUCGUAAUAAAUUUAAAAUGCGAAAAACAAAAAGUAAUCGAAUAAGAACCAGAGAAAAAAAAUAGGGUAUGCGAAACCCGACAACUGUGUAGUGAAAGAAUUGUUGACUAUUAUUCUUUUUUAUAUCAAAUAUUGGACGUAAAAUAAUUUAUUUUUUUAUUUGUAUAUAUUUUUAUAUAGAAAUAAAGUUGAAUGUAUUUCA